AUCAUAAAUGUCCACGACUCUCCCGCUCUUUUGGAAUCUCUCUUCGUCGUCAAAGAAAGAGCGUAUAGAUGCCUCUGUCAAGCUUAUUUCGUCAUUAGAACAGUUCCAAGCACAGUUCGCUAAGGAUUCUUCAGAUACUUCUGAGGAUGAAAGCCAAGAGGACGACAAAAUCGACCCCUUGGACAAGUACAAUGCCCAUGAUGUGUCCUAUUCAGUGCGGCGUCUUAUUCGUGGACUAGCGAGUCCGAGGGAGAGCAGCAGAUUAGGGUUUUCAGUCGCACUGACAGAACUUCUGUCUAGAAUUCUGACGUUCUCAUGUUCACAAGUACUAUCGCUGAUCAUUGAUGCUACGAAAACUCAAAAGUCCAUGACUGGACAAGAAGAGAGGGAUGUCCUGUUUGCUCGUCUUUUUGGAAUCACCGCGGUCAUCCAGUCAGGCUUAUUUAUUCGAACGGAUCCUUUGCCCGAAUCUGCAUCUUCCUCUACAUCUGCAUCGUCCCUACAGAGCUUCAAGGACAUCAUUUCAGAGUUGGUUUCCCUCGGAGAGAAGAAAAGCUGGCUUCGCGAAAGUGCUUGGUGGACGAUCCUUCUGGCAUUCGAAGCCCUCAACUCGUCGAGUGUCGCUUGGAAGGAGGAGGGUUUCGGUUAUUCCAUAGAGACGACCUUGGGCAGUAACUCUCAGUGGACGCCUGAAAAGGUAGCGCUGAUGCUGAAACUCCAGUAUUUGUGCCCCAAUCGCGAUUGGCGGAAAUACACGUCCCCGAUGUUCAAAACUCCUGAUUUGCUUAGCACUGGAAAUUACCAUACUCUGGGACAAAUACUUAAGGACAUUGACGAUGAAGAAAGUAGCUCCAAAUCUUCCGGAAGCUCAUGGAAGCCUGAGUUGAAUUUUGUUUGGGACAUAAUAUUCGAUUAUCUGCUUCCCCUUCCAGAGUAUAAUCAACAGGCGAAGGGGACUUUUCCUGAAUUUUUCAGAAUAGUCGUUGACGAGUGUCUGUUUUCCUCCACGUCCUCUCCAGAACGAAAGUACUGGGGGUUUCAAGUUUUCCAAAAGGCUUUGCCACGACUACCGGCUGAUGAUAUUCCUAUGAUCUUUACGAAAAACUUUAUGCGAACUUGGAUCAACCACUCAUCCAAACCAGAUCGAUAUCUAUACAAGGCAGCCAAACAAACUGUUAUCGAAGUUGCCAAUUUCGUGAAGGAGAGGCCACAGCUGGGUCUGGGACUGAUCGUCCAACUCACUGGUGUGAACGGUAGUCGGCAGUUUGACCAGUUGACCAAGACAAAAACCGUUGAAUCCAUCCUUUCUUCGAUGAAUGCAGAUGGCAUUAUUCACUACGUGGACCAUCUAAUUUCUCAGUUCAAUGGAAAUGAAGGCGUAGACAAGAAUGACACAAAAGGUCUCAAUGCACGUAGAUCAUGGGUUAUGGAUCAGCUCGUAGCGCUGAUUAGAAAUGGCUCAAUGCCCAAACGAGAUGACUGGAUCCGACAGAUCUUGGAGUGGUUUGUGGUCCAUGGUUUCUUCAUUAUACGGACACCCGCUAAGCAGAGUUCGUUUCGUGGUACGGAAUGUGUACUCGAACCGCCGCUGUCCGAUGCUCUCAGGCUGUACAGUCGCAGUCGACUCUUGAGCUGUCUUUCCGACCUCACAAGUCAGGCUAUGACAAUAACUAACGAGGUCGGAACGAAAGCUUUAAAAUCUUCAGCCAUGGCCUCUGAUGGAGACUUUUGGAUACACAAAGUUGUUGCUACCAUUGAAGAGCUGAAGAAAGACAAGAACGCGUUGUAUCUUUUGGAUCAUGACGAAGAGGUCCGCGCUCUUCGAGCGAAAGCCAAAGAGCUAGAUGCUCAUCUAAGAAAGGUCACCUCCGGUAGUGACGCGGCGCAAGGGUGCCAGCUAUUACUUUUAGGGCUAGUAGUCCAUGAAUACUGCGCCAAUGAAGAAGAUGGCACGGCGGUAGAAACUCUGGAGUCGUGUAUCGACCUCGUCGAACGCCUGUUUCCUCGCAAUAAGACCAGCAAGAAAAAGGCCGCCAAAGUCGACGAUGACAAUGAAGAGGCUCCAGAACCCAUUGAUGGCUUAAUAGACAUCAUCAUCGGUCUAUUAGAGAAGCCUACGGCAUACCUACGAGUUAUCGUGAACCAGGCUUUUGCAUCUUUGUCAGCUUUAGUGAAAGAGAGUUCCAUCGAUCUGAUUCUUGCGCAACUCGAAACUCGAGAUCUCAGUGCCGGAGGUUCAGAGGAUGUCAGUGAAGACGAAGAUAUAUCUGGAGAUGAAGAUGAUGAAGAUCGAAGCGAGUCCGCCAGCGAGGAACAGAGUGGCGACGAGGCAGACGAUGACGAUGCUGGAGAGGAAGUGGACGAAGAGCUUCGGAACAAGAUCCUAGAGGCCCUGAAAAUGACCGGCGUCGAACCUGUCACUGACGAUACAGAUGAUGACGAUUUGAUGAUGGACGAUGAUCAGAUGCUGGCACUAGAUGGACACCUUGCGGAGGUUUUCAAGUCCAGAAUGCAAGCCGGGAAGACUCGUAUGUCUAACGACGUUGAUGCACAACGUAAAGCCACCCAUUUCAAAAACAGGGUGCUCGACCUUGUCGAUCUGUUCGUCAAGAAGCAGCCGUCGAGUCCCCUUGUGAUCAAUCUCAUUCUGCCUCUGGUCGACCUGACCAUUUCCUCUGGCACCGAUGAACAGCAGCUCUCUGACAAAGCUAAAGGUAUUCUCCGAUCUCGUAUAGGAAAAGCCAAAAAUAUGCCUGCUGCCCCUGUGGCUCAAGUCACAUCCAUUGUCCAAUCACUACACGCCCACGCACGUAAAGCACGUUCAUCAGAACUGUUGCCUACUUUGAGCUCUUGCAGCCUAUAUCUUGCCAAGGUCUUGGUGGCUCAACAGGGCGUAACGCAGGUGCUUGAUACGUACCGGGAAUCCCUAGUCGAUUACUUGACCCGCAAGAAUUCUGCUUUGAAUCUCAACUUUUUCCAAGAACUCAUGGUGCAGUUCCCGGCACUUGGAUGGCGGUUACGACAGGAUAUCGUUGACUCAUCCAAAAAAGCGAUCAAUGUGUAUCGACAGUGUCAGGCACUCCACCUGAUACACGGCCUUGUCGCUCAAUUGUCCUCCAUUGAGACAUCAGAUGCGGACGUAGUAGGAUUCAUGACAGCGUUGCGUGAAGCAUUACAUGAGCUUAUGAAUGAUGCAUGCGACGACAAGGCAUCUGUCAACACCACCCAGAUGAGGGAUCUAUUCAAACUGGCCUUGUUGUCGAUAAGACAAACAUCUCGACUCCCUUCAUCACCAGAUGUUGAAGCCAUUUGGGCGCCGUCGAGUUGGGAAAAGCUGUUAAAGAAGCUAUCUGCUUCGCCAGGAUUCAAGUCAUCGACUUCUAUCCACGCGAUGUGCAAUGAGGUGGUAAAGCAGACCACGAAGGCUAAGUAUACCGGGGAAAAAGAAGAGUCGGUGGGAGGCAAGAGAAAGAGGGAUGGUGUAGAUGCAACUAGUAAGCGCAAGAAGAAAAAGGCUCAACACUAAGGGUUUCCGUCACUCUGAGCAUGUCAGGACCAUUGCUUUCUUCUCUACUACGGGGUGCUUUAUUCACAACUACGAGUACAUGAAACGAGUAUCUAAUUAUGCAACGAGCGUCUACGCUACAUCUCAGUUGGACAGUCAGGUAUGCUGAUCAACCGUCUCGGCGGCUAUGAGCACUGUGGAAGCAUGAAGCAGGGCUAAAGAUCAGUACCUACGUUUAGUAUACAACUUGUUAUACUACCUAAAUUCAAAUAAACUUUUUUGUUGCAGGU